AUGCGUUUCCUAAGAACCCUUGUCACUUUCUCGUCGCUGGUUCUGGUGACCUCGGCCGUACCCACAUCGCAGAAGGAUAGUGUCCUCAGCAGCAUCGGUACCGUUUCUCAGGCGGUGCAGGCAAAUCAAGAUGCCAUCAGUCGCUAUCAAGGUGGCUCCUUGGCCGCUAUUCCCGUUGGGCGCAAAAACUACGAUUGCUGGUACGCCCUGAGAGAGGCUCAUUCUAAGCUCACCGACACGAAAUUCACACCAAAGGAGGCGGACGAGGUGGUUAAGCAUUUCACCUCCCUGAAUCAAGACUCCAUAACUCUGCUAGACGAAUACCGUGAGAAGGCCCCAGAGCUGAACAAGGCCGGCGUCAGCUUCCUCGUACCGAUUAUGAUGGAAGCUCUGUUCCAAGAGGCGGACGACUAUUCCGCUGCCCUCCAAGCUCUGAUGCCCGAAGAGUCUGUCGGUCCCAUGAAGCAGAUAACUGUCGACCACAAGAUGGCUUGGAAUGAGGCAUUUGCGGCCUACGAUCCUACCCGCAAUACGGAGCCAGUGCAGCAGUGGAAGACCUUGAUGUCGGUAUUCUCGCCGGCCUUGACGUAUCUCAUCUGA